AUGGCUGCUUGGUCAGCAUCAGUUGGGAUUAGAUGUCAUUGUCUUAACAGUGGUAUCACUGAAACUUGGAGAUUUCCUUCUGCCUGUAUUAUAACGUGUAAGAACAAGACUAAACGUGGAUCUGAGACACUAACAUUUACAAGAAAACAUAUCUAUAGGGAUUUGGUUGCAAAUGCGUUGCCAAGUUAUGGGUUGAGUAAGAUUUGUGCUUCAAAAACUUCUGUUGACCUCAAGGAACAGGUCGAUGAUCUAAAGAAGGUAACAUCCUUUUUGUUCAGGACGAAAUCUGGUGCUCUUGUUAAAGUUCAAGUCGAAAAGAAGAGAGAAAAAUACAGUAUCAUGGUUUAUGUCUCAUCGUUGGAACCAAGUGUUGAUGACAAGAGUAGACUGGUGAUGGUUUGGGGUGUAUACAGGUCUGAUGCUUAUUGUUUCUUGCCUCUGGAUUUCGACAACUCUUCUCAAGACUCACAAACCCACACAACACAAACUCCCUUUGUGAAAAGCUCCUUGUCUGAGUUUAUGCAUGGGCUAGAAUUUGAUGGGAAAGAGUCUCCUUUCUACCUAUCAUUUCGGCUCAAGUUAGUUUCAGCAAAUGAUCCGAAGGGUCUGGAAAUGCUGACUCACAGGGACACAAACUUCUGUGUUCCGGUUGGUUUUACUGCUGGUCAUCCACUGCCAUUAGGCCUUUCAUCUGGACCAGAUGGUGACUCGUGGAAUUUUGCAUUCUUCACAAGAAACUCGAAGAGGGUGGUGUUAUGCUUGUUUGAUGAUAGCACUACCGAUAAGCCUGCGUUAGAGCUUGAUCUUGAUCCUUAUGUCAACCGAACAGGUGAUGUCUGGCAUGCUUCAGUUGAGAAGACAUGGGGUUUUGUGAGAUAUGGGUACCGUUGCAAGGAAGCUGUACAUUCUGAAGAAGAAGUCGAUGUUGAAGCUGAGAAUAUUGUCUUGGAUCCUUAUGCCACAGUUGUUGAGAAAUCAAAAUCUCAGCAGUUUCUUGGAAGUUUGUUCAAAGACCCUUCUUUUGAUUGGGGGAGAGAUGUGUCUCCAAACAUACCACUGGAGAAACUCAUUGUUUACCGGUUGAAUGUUAAGGGUUUCACACAACAUAAGUCCUCCAAGUUGCCAACUAAUGUAGCAGGGACGUUUUCUGGUGUAGCUGAGAAAACGAACCACUUGAAAUCCCUUGGAACCAACGCUGUUCUCCUGGAGCCAAUCUUUUCGUUCUCCGAGCAAGAAGGUUCUUACUUUCCAUUUCAUCUCUUUUCACCGAUGAACAUGUAUGGACCCUUCAAUGGCCAAGAAUCCGCAGUUAAGUUGAUGAAAGAGAUGGUAAAGAAACUGCACAGUGAGGGGAUUGAGGUACUUCUGGAAGUAGUUUUUACACAUACUGCUGAGUCUGGAGCUCUUCACGGAAUUGAUGACAGUUCAUAUUAUUAUAAAGGAAGGGCUAAUGAUUUAGAUUCUAAAAGUUACUUGAACUGUAACUAUCCUGUUGUCCAGCAGCUGAUAUUGGAGAGCCUGCGUUAUUGGGUAACUGAGUUUCAUGUAGAUGGAUUUUGUUUCAUCAAUGCUUCUUCUCUCUUGAGAGGUGUCCACGGUGAACAACUUUCUCGUCCUACCUUGGUUGAAGCAAUAUCUUUUGAUCCGCUGCUAGCAAGGACAAAACUGAUUGCUGAUUGUUGGGAUCCACAUGACAUGAAGAUGUCAAAGGAAGUAAAGUUCCCUCACUGGAAACGAUGGGCAGAACUCAAUACAAGAUACUGUCGAGAUGUAAGGAACUUUGUGAGGGGAAGAGGUGUUCUUAGUGAUUUAGCUACAAGAGUUUGUGGAAGUGGUGACAUAUUCACUGAUGGAAGAGGUCCAGCUUUCUGCUUCAACUACAUUUCAAGAAACUCAGGACUCUCUCUUGUUGACUUGGUCAGUUUCAGUGGCCCUGAGCUAGCGUCAGAGCUAAGUUGGAACUGUGGGGAAGAAGGAGCGACAAACAAGUCAGCUGUUCUUCAAACAAGGCUAAAACAAAUCCGCAACUUCUUGUUUAUACAGUACAUUUCACUUGGAGUCCCGGUGCUUAACAUGGGAGAUGAAUGUGGAGUCUCUACGAAUGGCUUGCCUUUGUUAGAAUCACGGAAACCAUUUGAUUGGAACAUGUUAACUUCUGGUUUCGGUGCACAGAUCACUCAGUUCAUCUCUUUCAUGACUUCAGUUAGAGCAAGGAGAAGCGAUGUGUUUCAAAGGAGUAAGUUUUUGAAACCAGAGAACAUUGUUUGGUGUGCAAAUGACCAGACAACACCGAUUUGGGAAGACACUGAUUCCAAAUUCUUGGCAUUGUGGAUCAAAGCAGAGUCAGAGGAAGAAACAACCGAGCCAAAGAACAAUGAUGAUCUGUUCAUUGGAUUCAAUGCAAGUGAUUUUCCUGAGAAGGUGAUAUUACCUACACUUCCUGAUGGAAGAAGGAAAUGGAGACGAUUGGUGGACACAGCUCUUCCUUUUCCUGGGUUUUUCUCUGUUGAAGGAGAGACCAUUGUAACAGAAGAGCAUAUGGAUGAAAUGGCAGUGUAUUAUGUGAUGAAGCCAUACAGUUGUACCCUUUUUGAAACCAUCAAUUCCACGGCUUAG